AUGAAAUCAAAUCAUAAUCCUGGUGGAAAUAGUGGAGGUGUUUUAGGACCAAAGGAUGGUGGAUUGGGCGGUGCCAACAGCAACAACAGCGGCGGCGGCGGCGGCGCCAACAACAUGCUGCUUGCACAACAGAGUUCAUUCUCGAUUCGCGACAAACAAAUCGAGAGUUGCAAUCGCAUGUUGAAUAUCAAGUCGGGUGGCAAUCACGACACCGGCAAAACCAACUGGCAAGAAGUCUGGAAGGUUCUGGUGUUCGAUCAGUACUGUAGCACUAUUAUCGCACCGAUUCUCACUAAGGCUGCACAGCGAUCGCCAGCCGAUCCAAGACGUGCCCGCAAUCUACUUUGUGAUGCCGACCUCUGA